AUGUUAUGGUUAGUUAAAGAGUAGUCAACUGUGUAAGCUUGCUGACAAGAGAAAUUAAAAAAACGCCAUUAAUAUUUUUGGCAAGGCAAAACGAACUCAUCAUUCAGAUGUUUGUUGUGCUUUACAAGUUGACAAGGCGUUCAUCAUUUUCAAAUUGCGCAUUUUAGUUACCUUGAUAGGCCACUAUCUAGGCAAAUUAAGAAUCGGUUACUGCUGUAGACAUUGAGGGCAGCAGAUACGCUUCGUUACCAAAACCUGCAAACAGUCAAUGGGCUCAGUCAAGGCCAAGGAAAUUCUUAUAGCAUUAAGUUCACAAUAACAGGUGUAUAGCGUCGGAUUGGAUCUCAGAAAAAUAGGCCUAAGUAUUUUGCUUAUGCCAACCAUUAUGGAAAGGAAAUGAAAAAGACAACUGGAAUCUUUGUCAGGCACACGUGCUAGUCACCGGUGCACAGAACAGACUUUUCUUCAACAUAACAAUGCACCGUUCGUUAUCUCACCUAUCGCUAACGACCUGUGACUUUGCAUGGUGCUUCUUACUCGUCCUAUUCUUUGCGGAGCCUGCAAAAAGUCAUGUUGAAAACUACCUCGAAGCUACCAUUUGUGAUGGCAGUUCCAAACGAAUUAGUUGUCCACAGACACAAGAUAUCCACAUACUACAAACAUUUUAUGGGAAGUGGAGAAACCACGACUGCCACGGUCCACUAGCCGUCAAAGAUAAUAUCCUGACAUGCCAUGUCGAGCGGCCUAAAUCAACAGCCAUCAUAAGAGACAUAUGCCAAGGAAAAAACAAUUGUGAACUAUACGCGGACAAAACAAUAUUCGGUGAUCCUUGCUCUAAACUGUCGAAGUAUCUUUAUGUGACGUACUUCUGUUUACCUUCCCAUUCAAGAAAGAAGACCCAGCCAAGCCGCUCGAUUUCAAAUUUACUAGCAAACGUAUCACCUGGUGAGGUUCGCGGAUUUCUUAGACAGAAUAUAGAAAAAGACCAAACCCCAAACGAGGGAGCAGCGCCUGAAACCGAGUUUCCAGAGACUUUAGAUGACAUGCCUGGCUCUGAGGACUUGCUCAACAGUCCACUCAUAAAAGUCAUACGUUUGGCGUCGGAAGAGUUAUACCCUCCUAACAUAGCACUGCAUUCAGCAAAAGUUUGCAAUGGAGAGAGUCGCACAUUGGCCUGCAAGCCACAGCAGCGAAUCAAGAUAAACAACGCCUUUUAUGGGAAAAAGAGUGGUCAAGAUUGCCAUGGUUCUUUGCCAUACAAAGACGAAAGUCCGACGUGUUCAGCACUAGACGCAAAAUACAACGUUCAGAGGUUUUGCGAAGGAAGGCGAUUCUGUCUUGUGCAUGCUGACGACACAACAUACGGAAGAAGCCUGUGUCCGAACAUCAACAAAUACUUGCAUGUUACGUACUUCUGCGAAGAGCCAACUGAUUUCAAAGCGAGGUCGUCCGUCGUUACACCUCAGGUUGACUAUGAAGAGGAUGCGGUGACCAGAUCAGAAAUCAAAGCAAACGAUGACAUCCCAAGGACAAUUCGCGUUUGUAACGGUCAUCGCAAGACAAUCAGCUGCACAUCCAAGUCAAAGACAAUGCAAAUUCAUCAUGCCUUUUAUGGAAAGAGGAACGGACAGGAUUGCAGGGGACAUAUCAGAUAUCGCGACAGUGUUGCUGACUGCAUAAAAAAUACUGCCUUCGACUCUGUGAAUUAUCUAUGCAACGGACGACAGUCAUGUGACUUGGCAGCUGAGCACGCGCUAUUUGGGGAAGACCCUUGCCCGGGCGUCAAUAAGUACCUAGAAGUUAAGUAUUCAUGUUAUAAAGAAGUAUUUCGAUUAAAUAUUAAACAUUAUGCAGAAAAGAAGGACUUUAUCUUGGUGAAAGCCUGCAAAUUUGACAUGGAGGAGAAGAUGAUUUGUUUAAUUUUCUUCUUCGCGUCAAUUAAUCUCUCGUUUGAAGCGGCAUUACCUAGCAAUUCGCAACGCCAAGAUGAUCAGUUCAUGGCCGUAACAGUCUGCAGAGGAGGCCGUAGGACUAUUGCCUGUCCAAAACUACAAUUAUUACAUAUAUUUACGGCUUUUUAUGGCAAAAUGAGUGGGCAAGACUGUGAAGAGCCUAUGGUGUCUCCAAGGUCACAAAUCCCGACAUGUAGCUCCAAAAACGCUGCAAAGGUGGUAAGAGAAGAAUGCCAUGGUCAACAGUCAUGUGACCUUUACGCAGAAGACUCUCUUUACGAAAAUCCGUGUCCUGAAGUACUGAAGUAUCUCUUUGUGUCAUACGCUUGCCAAGGACAUAGCGAUCUUCUGGGAAAGCUGCGGUCCAUCGAAAGCCGUGCACAGAUGCAGCAGCCGCAGAUGCAACCGCAGAUGCAACCGCAGAUGCAACUGCAGAGGCAACCUCAGCUGAUGCCAUUUGCACCGAUGCCACAGCAGGAAGCAACAUCAAUAGGGACACUUAAUGCUCCGUUGGUAAGCAAAGCACCACAGCAACAAGAUAUUCGCUCGAUGUCUGUGUGUGACGGAAAAGCUGGCAGUAUUGUAUGUCCCAACUUGCGCAUAAUUAGAAUACACGGGGCAUUCUUCGGCAAACAGACCGGACGAGACUGUCUGGGACGACUCACACGUGACAACAUACCGACCUGUUUUGCGCCUUACGCAAUAACGACUGUAAGGGACAUUUGCCAAGGGCAACAGUCGUGCGAUCUUUAUACUGAACCCAGCAUGUACGGAAAAAGCUCCUGCCCAGCAUCAGAUAGAAAAUAUCUUUCAGUGACAUACUCGUGCAUAGGGCAUUCGAACUUGGAAAGAAACCUGCAAUUAAUUAAGCAAAGAGGAAGAGCGGGAUGGCCCAUGCCCAACGCUGCUGGUUUUGCUCCUUCGCAAUUCAACGCAAACGCCCAAAGGCCUUGGUACCAACAAGCUGCGGCUCGUACUAUGCCAGUACGGCCAGUAACGCGUUAUCCCUUCUACCCAAAACCAAACCCGAGCAUUUAUCAGAGACCAGCUGCACGACAGAUGCUGCAAAACCCUUACCAGCCUGCGCAGUACAACCCUGCGAUGAACCAGCAAUUGAAUUCAUUCAAUGCAUUCACCACCUCACCUUCUUGUGACAUGUGCAACGGUGAUUGUAACAACUGGGCUUGUUUUGGAUGUGGAGGUUGUGAGACACCACAAGCUGUGCAGCAAACAUAUACGUAUCCGUACCAAAGACAAGAUGCAGCGUUCCAUGAUAGUUUCAUGGGCCAUGAGAUGGCACUAUCAGGUAUGGUACUUUGGCCAGUUCCAAAAUUGCCUAAAGCGAUGCGAAAAUUAAACCCUAAAAAAACUAGAUCGGAAACAUACGAAGAGGAAGCUGACGAUGGUUCGGCUAGUGGAAAUGGAUCAGGUGAUGACGAAGAUGAGGAGGACGAUUCACGAUAACCGCGAAAACUUUAAAAUAUCUUGACGUUGCCAGCAAAAAUACUGCAUUUAACAGUAUUAUGCUGCAUAUUACUUCAACAGCAUGUGGAUUGUUCUAAGCGUAUAAGCCAGAGCAAUAUUGCUGAUAUGAAAAUUACAAGAGUAAAGAAAUCAUCAACAUACAUUCAUUAACAAUGGACCAUAUAUUGCUUAAACAUUGCUUAUGUAUUGAGAUAAUUACUAAAGAAUAACAAGUGAAAGUUUGAAAAUACAGACGAGUUGAAAAGGUUGAAUUACCAAUGUCCAUGAAGACAUUAUCACUUGCAUAAAUAAACGAUCAAUGAUAGACUUUUGAAACCACUUUUUUCAAAUGAAAGCUAGUCUUUUCAAACACUCAAGAUUUUAUCUAGAAGUACAUUGAUAUUCUCAAUGUUCGUUUAAUUUGUAAUAUGCUUUUGUGUCUACACCAAUGAAAUGUUCGACUCAUUAAAGAGAAGAAAUGUGAUUAGUAAAAUAAGAUGAAGUUCUAGAUAGUUCUUUCAGAUAGUGAAAGCUGACAAAGAACGGUUAGGUUUGAUAUUGAUUUCUGCAGCAAACAAUUGUUCACAACUUUUGAGUUUUAGCUAUAUCAAAUUACAACUACUUCUGUAAAAUCCUCCUCAACAUUGUGUAUGACUAAUGCUUUACAAUAUCUUAGCUACAAAUCUGUAAAUAUUUUUCGAUAUAAAGUUCUUCAUGACACAUAA